AUGUCACUUGGUAAUGCCGAUCCCUGGCAAGUAAAGAAUUCAGGUAUCGAGCAAGAGAGUGCAGAACCCGCCGAUAACGGUGACAGAUUUGAGGAUAACUUUGCCUCAAACGGCCCGGAGACCAACGCCAACGGAAAGAAGGAAGGACAUGAACCAUUGCCGGACUCGAGUGAAUAUUUAAAGCUGUUGGAACGAAAAUUGACCAGAGUCCAAAAGGGUAACAAAUUGCUCGAUAGCCUGCGCGACAAGCGGCAGGAUUGCAUGCGCGGUCUCCUCGCAUCAGAGGGUGUACCAGUUUCCAUAUUCGAGCAGUUCCUUGAACUUGAAACACCAAUUGAAAGUGGCCGGCUGCAUCGGCACCUGCUGCCAGUCCAAGCCGUAAACGUGGGCGAAACGGUUCACAUUGUAGACCACGACGAGUUGCAGCAAAAAGAGGAGGAUAAUUUAGAAGAGGAAAAAACGACUCAAGAACUCUAA